AUGCAAGCGUUGGCAGUCGGCACCAACGCAGGACCGAAGAACAUGACAACAUCCGUGUGGCGCGUCCAUAAACUGAAGGGGACCAAUGCAGGCACCUCCAUGCCCAAAGAACACGGUGCACGGGGCACGGGUUUCGAGGCCUGUAACGCGCAAGGUGCGUCGAAGCCCUUGUCCACGCUGCGCGUGCGGCGGUUUCGUAGCAAGGCAUCAGCACCUUCCUCCACACCCUUGCAGGUCUUCGUCGUAGUUGUUGGCCGCUCGCACGGAUCGCGCGUCACCAUCGCCGCCGCAUCGUUCCCGCGUGGUGCCACGUUGCCGCUCGGCCGCGCACCUCCGUUAUGCCCUCUUUUCUCCUUGCUCAAUCUUCUUGACCACGCGACGCCGGCAAGGAUUGAAGUUCGCCACCGGCGGGAAAGCCCCCGCACUCGGCGCGGCGCAGGCACCCCCGCACCAGGGGCGUUGCGGCACUGCCACCGCUGCGGCGGGUCGGUGUGUCCAUUGAGCGCCGAGCGGGGGGCGUUUUCACGGGGCACCAAAGUGAGCUAG